CAUGCACAAACACACACUUGCAAGUGCUCUCUUCGAAGGAAGAUCACCGCAACGAAGAUGGCCAAACUGCUUGUUGGUGCAGCCCUUGGCUUAGGUGGUGCCACCAUUGGGGUGCCGUUGGCACUUGGAGUUCUUGGCUUCACUGCCGCAGGGAUCACGGCGGGAUCGGUGGCAGCAGGAAUGAUGUCAAGUGCCGCUGCCGCUGGUGGGGGAGGAGUUGCUGCCGGUAGCCUUGUGGCCGUUCUUCAGUCCAUUGGCGCUGCCGGACUAUCAGCAUCAGCCACAGCGAGUAGUACUGUGAGUGGAACCCUGCUGGCUGCCGUAUUGCUUUAAGGAAAAGAUGCUUGCACUGUUCAUCAAGAGAAGGACGCCAUGAGACCAGACAACCAGCUUGAUACAAUGCUUGAUUUUCCUCUUUGAUAAUCGCAAUUGUACUUGACUCACUUGAGUCUCUUCUUCCUGCAGUUUCCUGCUGCUGUGCAUUAAAUAAUACCAAACUAAUAAAGCUUUGGUAAGAUU